GAGUCGACAAGGUUAUUUGAACAUUCGUUUGAUCCAUAGUGAAUACGAAGAAUUGCAAGAGCGACUGGAAGAAUUUCGAAAUCGCAAUGAACAGUUAGAUCUAUUGGAUUAUAACAAAUGUCCUCAUUCACCUGUGUGGACCAUCAUCCGGCAAGGUCUCGAUUAUAUUAAGAUUGCCUACAGGUUCGUCUUUCGCGUUGUUCCAAUCGAAAUUAAUGUUCGUCAUGCAUCGGUGGUCGUCAAAGAAACUGAAGUCCAAUUGAAAGACGAAAGUCAACUUGAAUGUGGCAAUCAGAAAAAGAGAAGAAAGAUCUUGGCAUGUGUGGUGGGCGAUGCAGCGAUGAACGUGCAUUUUUGGCCUGGGAGGGGUAUGAACUCAGGUAUGAAAGCUGCCAUGGCUCUUGCUCGAAAUAUCGUUCGUUUAUUCAUCUCCAAUACUUUGCCAGCACAAAUUCAAGUUUACACGCCUCUUCGUUACCUUGACUUCGUCGAUUAUGAAGCUUUUAUGACCCGGCUUCGUGCACGAGAACAACAAGGCCGUUCUCUUCGUGUAACAAGCAACCCAAUCGAUGGCAGUGUCGAAAACGCUCAUGCUUUCUCCCAUUUAAAUGUGUGCUACGAGCAUUAUAUAAGCACUCUCAUUGAGAAACUCAAGACAACCCGCCAACUCCUACAGGGCCGUCGUGAAUGGCCGCAUCGACAUCGUUUAGUGACCGAUGAUGAAGUGCAGGCGGCUUCGAAUCGAAUUUCAGCUAAUGCCGUCGCCCAACUUUCGCUCGCUAAUCCGUGGCCAACCCGAGAGAUGGCUGGACCCGAAGUGCUUGUGGAAGACUACUUUCCCAUGGACGAACACAAGCUGUUACCUCUUCCUUCGACCGGCGCUCAUGUUGCAGCCACUGGGCCAUCACGAAAAGCAGCUUCUUCCAGUAAGCAAGACUUAGUCGUUAGUCUUGUUAUCACUCUGACAAAAUUUUCGCUUUAG